AUAACGAAUGGGCCUGCACACAUCGGUAAAGAGACACUUUACUCCAAUGGAUCCCUGCUGAUCAGGAAUCUAGCCAUAGGAGACAGCGGAACCUACUUUAUACAAGUCGUUACAGUGAACCUUGAAUUUAAAUAUGGCAAGGGAGAGCUUGGUGUCUAUGCAUUGCUACCGAAACCCUACAUCAUGAAGAUCUCCAGCCCUUGGAUGUUGAUAUGUGAACCCAAGAGUCCAAAUGUGACCUACCAGUGGUUCCUCAAUUCUCAGCCCGCCCUGCCCAACUCCAGGCUGCAGUUGUCCCCAGAUAAUAGGACUCUUACUCUGCUCCACACCACAAGAAAAGAUGCAGGAUCCUAUGUGUGUGAGACCUCAAACCCAGUGAGUGUCAGACGCAGCGAAGCAAUUACCAAGACUGUUAACUAUGGCCCAGACACCCCUACAAUCUCCCUUACACAAAGAUACUACAGCCAUGGGGUGAACCUCCACCUCUCCUGCCUCACCGAAUCUCACCCUCCUGCAAAAUUUUCCUGGUUUAUUGAUGAGAAGUUCUUGGGGUCCACACAGAAUCUCUCCAUCCCCAAACUCUCUCUGAGUGACAGCGGGUCCUAUUCCUGCAUUGUCAGUAACUCCGCCAUGAACCGCAGCAAGACAGUGAUGAUCCAUAUCGCAGUCUUAGGAACCCAGGACAGCAUGAUUCCAGACAGCAGAAGCCCACCUCGAGCUCUCUGGGCCCUAGUGUUCCUCUUGGGUAAACUUAAGAGUCUGAAGGCACGGAACCCAAACCCUCUUGACAAGCCAGCCUUCCCAGACUAUGAGUUGGUGUCGUUUCGCAGAGUGAAAGACAUCGUGUACUGA